UGUACAUCAUAUUAUUCUCAUAUCCGCUCCAAUUCUCAAAAUCACCCCGCUUCCAUCCGUGUCUUCACCUGCAAUUCUGCAAGAAACCCUCGAUGUCGAACCCAUCUUCUUCGUGGAUCGCCCAAUUCAAACCGGGCGACCGGGUCGAGAUCAGCCCCCACGACCCCGGGUUCCGCGGCUCCUGGUUCGCCGGCACCGUCGUCCGCCACGAGGCGAAGAACACCAAUCGUUAUGUAGUCGAGUACGACCAGCUCUACGAGGACGAAUCUGGGGAGAAGCUGCUGCAAGAAACCCUCGAUUGGAUCCAAUUGCGUCCGCCACCGCCGCCUCCCGAGAAGAAGAAGGUCCAGUUCAAGUUCGGCGAUGAAGUGGAGGCCUUCUACAGCGACGGCUGGUGGGAAGGGGCUAUUACUGCGGAGCACUCUUGCGGGAAAUUCGCGGUGUUCCUCAGAGGCUUUGAGGAGCAGAUUGUGUUUGAAGAGAAAGAUUUGAGGUUGCAUGUUCAGUGGGUUAAAGGGAAGUGGGAGCCGCGAUUCGAACAGGUUCAGCGGGAGAAAGAGAUGGCAUUUGUUGUUUUUCACAAUGUCUCAACCUCGUUGAAUGGCUUCAUAACAAUGCAGAUGUGGCUAAACUCAAAUUGUUCCAAGGAAGUGAUGAAGUUCACUCAAGGAAUGCAAGUCGAGGUGCUAACUGACGAAGACGGUUUGAAAGGUGCUUGGUUUGCUGCAACAAUUAUUGAACUUUCGGGUGAAGACAAGUACCUUAUUGAGUACAAAACCCUGACGAAUGAUGAUGGUACUGAGUUUCUCAGAGAAGACAUUCGUGCUUGCAACAUAAGGCCUUGUCCGCCGGAGAUCAUUGUUGUGGAUGGAUUCAAGGUGAUGGAUGAAGUAUAUGCUUACUACAACGAGGGCUGGUGGGUUGGCGUGAUUGCAAAGGUUUUGAUCAACUGCAAUUACGUGGUUAACUUUAUAGAGUAUGAUGAGAAGAUAACGUUCAAUCAGGCUGAUUUGAGGCCACAUCAGGACUGGUUAAACGGCAAAUGGGUUGUUCCUUCAGAUGUCUGA